UCUUCUUUUGUUUACACUUAUCAAAAUCCCAAGUAUGAUAAAUGAUUUUUGAAUAAAAUUAUAAAAAUAUAGAUUCCCAUCCCCAAAUAAAAACAGCCAUGGCAAAACAGGAUGACGGUCUUUUUCUCCUAGAGGUACUUAUUGACAAAAUAGUAUUUGUGAAGAGCCCUUGUUUCUCUGACAAAGAUUUUAGAACAUGUGUUAAUAUAGAAUGCCCUUCAGUUGAACCUUUAGAAAUAUGUGACGAUGAUCCCAGUGCAUGUAUUGUGAAGAGUGGUGGACCUUUUGUUAAAACCUUCAACAAUGGCAAAUCAUGUCUAUUUUCUAUGAAAGCAUCUGACAUUGACCAUGCUAUUGGAAAGUUUCCUAUAAAAGUUUCAGUUUACAAAUCGCUUCCAUGCGGUUGUCUGCCCACUAAAAUAAUUAUAGGGGAAGCAACAAUUGAUAUGACAAAAGAAUUUGUGCAAGCUCGAAAAAAGUUUCUCGAUGAUCCUACAAAUGUCAGCUACCAAGCUUUAAAGGACUCUUUUCGUAUUAUUGGCACUGAUGGUGCAGAAACUGGAGAAAUCGUUAUGUUUUUACGUAUUUCGUGUUUUGGAAAGUUAAUUAUUACCAGAUUUCAAGGAGGAGGAGUUCCUCCAAACUUAACAAGUCGGGGGAGCUCGGCUGUAAUAGAUCGAUCUUGUACACUACGAAAAGAUUUUCAAACUUCUCAAAAUCCUUGCAUUUGUGGAAUUGCCCGAGAAUCAAAUAGUGGUGGAGUUGGAAUUAAUAGACAACCUUGCACCAUAGAUGGAGGAGGAUUUGGCAUUUGUCCACCAGCUCGAAAUCCGUACAAUAGUAUGCCAUGUGAGGAUCCUGAUGACCCCUGUUAUUGCUCUGGCUCUGUAAAAUCCGCUGGAAAACAGCAAAUGAUCUGUAAAAAUACUGAUCAAUAUUGUCUACAUGUACCAAAAGGUAAAUUGCCGAGCUUGCCGUUUCAUCAAGAAAUAACAGAAGACCAAAAGCAGGAUUUAAAGGCGAUGAGUAAAACCUUGGACAACCAAAUUAAAAUAGAAGAAUUUUUAAUGUUAACAAAUAAGCUUUCCAAAAAACCAACGGCAACUACAGUUAGUGAUUAUUUGAAAAUGUCCGUAGAAAGUAUGAAUUUUUUAUCUAAUACGUGCGAGACAAAUUUAUCAUCAUCUGAAACGUGUUCUGUUACUUCGUUAUAUACAUUACACUCUAAGCGACGCAGUGUGUCAUUUUCUAAUACUGUUAAUUGUAUUUCAAAAUCACAUCAGUCUUUUUCCUGUCCUCUGAAAGAUGAUGAUAGUAAACAUAAAUACUACUUUGAAAAAGAUUAUUUUGGGGAGAAAGAGACCACAGUUUAUAUGACGCUUUUUGAUGACUACUUGUGCCACCGUACGUCAGGUACACAAGCUACAGCUUCAGUCAAUAAAUGUCUACAAGUUAGUCAUAAAAACAGAAUAGAUAUUCGACCCAGCACAAACACAACAAAUUCAAACUUAUGUUCAACUUGUACUCUACCAACCAUACCCAAUGGAAACAAAAUACUACAUAGUAAUAGACACGAUUCCGAGGUAUUUUUCUUUGAAUGGAAUAAGCACCCAGAAUCGAAUAAAUCGGGGUUGGGAAGUUCUGGAUUAAAAACAAAACUAAAAAGAAUUUCAAAAGCCACUGUUGCUCCUGUCAGAAGUGAAAAACAUACAAUUAGAGAAACAGCUUCUAUUCAAGCUCAGUCUAGUAAUAGCUCUACGGCAGUCCAGACAAAAAAAGCAAGAGGUUCUUCAGCUGGCACAUCUACAGGUAAAUUAGUUUCUAUCAGAGACAGUAAAAUGGAAAAACCAUGCCUUGCAGUUGGUGGUGUAACAAAAGGUGAUAUGAUGGCAACAGUGUCACAUAUCAGAAUUGGUCCUAAAGAACAAUGUCCUAUACAUGGCACUGAACCAUGUCUAGGGCCAAAAUAUAUUAUUGCUUCAUCAGAAGAAGAACAAGCUCCAGUUAAAAUAACGACAAUGACUAAUCCUCGUCGUGGAGUAUUUGAACUAAUUAUUCGUAGGAUAACUGGAGCACCAUUAGCGAAAAAUGAACUUAUGUUAGAAUGGACUCCACCACCAUCCCGACCACCAUCUUGUAGAUCUCCAUGCCAUAUCGUAUCUUAUUCACCGCCGAGAACUUAUCGUUCAUCAAAAUGCAAAAUGAUUGUACGUCACCCUUCGUCAUGCAGACCUAGGCAUUAUAAAAAGGGAUACAAAAAGCCAAACGGACUGGUGCCUUGUCGAUAUGUGCCUUGUAAGAAAUGUUGGAAGCCAUCGUGCUGUAAAAAGUAUUGUCGGCCUAGUAAAACCUGUUCGCCACUACCACGAUGUAAACCCAGCCCACCAUUACCUAUUUGUAGAACUUGUGCACCGAUUUAUUAUUGCAAGCCAUGUUCACCAUCACCUUGUUCAAAGCCUUGUCCACCAUCACCAUGUAGACCUUGCUCACCGUCACUUUGCUAUGGAUCAUGUUCUCCUUCUCCAUGUAAAAGUUCACCAUGCCUACGACCAUGCCAUGUCGGUCGCAAACGUCCUCGAAAGACUCGCAGUCACCCUAAAAUAAAAGCACAUUCAAAACGCAAAUCUCCAUGUCGCAAUCGUUCAAAAACCUGCCCCAUGGUCAGGUGUCGUAGCAUGCCUGGACCAUGCAAUGGUUGUUAUGUUGCCUGCCCACCACGUAAAAGCUACUCCGUUUCUCCCUGCAAGCCGAUCAAAUGUUGUAAAAGCAUUUCAUCAGCUUCGUGUUGCUGUGAAUGAAACUAGUUAACAAUUAUCCAUAUUAUAUAAGCCUAAAAAUCACAUUAUAAAUAAUGAUUUGUAUUUGAUACAAUUUUUAUAUACUUCGAUAUUAUCCAAAAUUACUUUCUAUAUAUCAUCUUGAAAAUAUAUUCUAUACAGCAUACGUGUAUUAACACAGCACCUAUUACAAUCUAUUGGCUUUAUGGGUCCCUAAAUAAUAGAUGACCACUUUUAGUUUACAUUCCGGAACAAACAGGAAGAACUUCGUUUUUUAGAAUUUGUAUGCAAUUCUGUAUUACAUUAUUAUUUUAUUAACAACAAUAUUAUAAGUAAUAAGAAGUA